AUGUCAUUUACGAUUAAUGAAAAAAAAGUAAUUAUCAGUUAUAAUGAUGUAAUCAAUGAAACUAUCAUUGAGAAUUUUAUUGAACGAACAAAUAUUUACAAUGAUAAUAUUGAGAAAAUUUUGAUUUAUAAUGAUGCAUACAUUGAACAAUAUAAAGAUAUUCCUUUAGAUUUAGAUUCUUAUGAAAUAGAAAUUACUAAUAAAAAAUCUAAACAAAGAUCAAGAACAUCUGAAAAUAAAGAUUCAGAACCAUAUGUACCAUCAGGAAUGAUUUUAGAUACACUUGUUACAUAUGAUUAUGAUAAAAAAAAAUAUGUACCAAUCUUAAAUAAAAAUGGUAAAAUUACAAAUCAGUAUAAAAAUGGAAUUUAUAUACAACAUUUAUAUAGAAGACAUUUUAGACCAAGAUAUGAACCAGUACAUAAAGUUGGAGAACAAUUUUUAAAUUAA